AUGGAGGACCCCAAAGAACCCACUGUUGUCGCACUUGGUGGUAACUACGCUGCGGCGAGGGAUCCACAAUACGAAGUGACGUGGGAGCCUCUAGAUGCGGAGAACCCUCGGAAUUGGUCACUGUGGUAUAGAGUGCUCAUUGUUGCAUCUAUGUCAUUUUCUACCACGAUAGUGGUAAUAUAUUCGACCAUGUAUACUUCUGGUGUUGAUGGUAUAAGAAGGGAGUUCAAUGUUUCGUCACAAAUAGUUCUUCUUGGCCUGACCACAAAUCUUUUUGGUCUCGCGCUGGGAUCGGUUGUUUUGUCGUCCCUCUCGGAGAUCUAUGGCCGCCGGCCCAUAUACAUCAUUUCUGUCCUUCUGUUCGCCCUCUUCAUAUUGCCCGUCGUCUUGGCAGAGAAUAUCGAAGCCAUUCUGAUCAGUCGAUUCUUCGGAGGCUUCUUCGGUGGAACUAUGAUCGCCAGUGCCCCAGGGAGUGUUACCGAUGUGACGAAUGACCAAUAUCGCGCAUUGGCACUGAGCUUUUGGAGUCUCGGAACCAUGAAUGGGCCUGUUCUUGGUACGUUCACACCCACUGGUGAAUCUGUCUCGUAUGUCGACCACUGA